AUGUCUACAUUUGCAACAUCUCUCAACCCUUCGCUGCUCGCAAUCCUCCUCGUGGUUCAAGGCCGAACUGGCUCAGGCGCCGAAAUUGUCUUCCACUACCCUCCCGACCCGCUGUCCGCAGAGCGACCUUCGUAUGUUUCAGAGUCCACAGAUGAUGAUGACGGAGAAAGUUCCAGCAGUGAUUCGGAAGAGUCGUCUUCGGAGGAGGACUUUGACGUUUUCACGCGACGGUUUGGGAAUGCGGUGACAACAACGCAGAACCAGGAACACCAAUCACAGCAUUCGGAUGAGGACGAGGACAGUAAUUAUCUGAGCAAGAGGGGGACACAGGACAACUCACAGUGGAAGCCGUCAUGGGAGCCGCUCCUUGGUCUCGGAGAAGAUGGCCUGGUCAGCUUGCUCGCUCCAGGUCGAUCCUGGCAUAAACGGAGGUUUGAGCUCAGUAUUAACGACCUGACCUUCGUGGGCCGACCAGUCUAUGCUCGCGAGGACGGAUUCUGGCGAAAGCCGAAGGUGAGGAGGUCCAGAACAGCUGAAGAUGACGGCCUUUCCCCAGAGGUGGCAGUCAGUGAUAGUGCCCAGGACGAUGAGGUUGACGGCGACGACCCCGUGCCGGCUGACCACAGCAACAAGAAGGAUUUCAUUGCAAAGGAACCGGCUAAGAGCCAGUUGACUAUGUUUCACGUUGUGUUUGUCAUGGACCCUCCACCACUGGAGCAUACGGCUCGGGUCAAAGAGAUGUACGAUCACGUCGUGAAGAAGUUCUCCAAGGUGAUGAAGUGGGCGCAGUCACACCAUGACUAUGUCUGGGAACAGUCUGAGCUGCUGCAGUCCAUCAGGUCGACACAUCUUCACCAGCAGUCGUCCACAAGAGUGCUGUAUACUGAAAUGAAACAACGUUCGCCUCUGGCUGCUGCCAUUGCCAAAGUGUUCGACAACAUCUCGGCCUCCAAAAUAGCUGCCAUCACACUCGGCCCCAAACUGUCCGUGUCUCUCCAGAUUCCUCCCGUUACCUCGACUUCUUAUCUUCCUUCUCUAUCGGAGCCACCACUUCAACCAGGACUAUGGCUCACGACAGCAACAGAUCCUACAUCUACAGCCUCGGAUCUGGACGCCACGUCCUCGACAGGGCCAUUGCAGCUCUCCAAGAAUUUCACGCUCCUGCUCAAAUCCAGCCCGCAGAAGAUUCUCAAAGAUAUCCAAGCGGCGGGAGGCUCUUUGGCCAUGCCCCUCACCAACUUCAUUGGACAUCUGAAGCCGACCAAAUCCUUCUACAAGAUAUCACUUGCUUCCCAGAUUGCGCUGGGAGACAUACAGCAUCUGGCUCGUCAUCUUGUAUAUUGGCGCAGAGCAAUCGCGAUUCCACCGUUACAUCAGCGCGAUACGUACAUUGUCUCUCCCAAUGCCAACAUGAGCAGGUUAUUGUCAGCUUGCAAGACAUACGAAGCGACGUUUCCUAUGAUGCCGUCUCUGCCGAAGAUGUUGAACGCUUUGAGCGGUACUCCUGCACCAUAUGGCACUCUCAUUCCCAGCAGAGACCACAAGGAAGAGUACUACCGAGUGCUUGCGUGGCUCAUGCGAGACGGUUGGGUCACCCAGCUGCGUACAUUUGCGUUUGUUCGAGUGGACCCGGAGGUGAAGAAGGCAGUGCGUGAAAAGGAGCGCGAAGAAUCCAAGGGCUCGAAGACUCCCGUCAUCGAGCGAGAAGCGAGCGACCGUGACCGCGAUGCGGGGAGGAGCUUUGGUAGCGGCACACCAAGCACACCGGCCAGUGGAGGAGCACUUUCUUCGUUCAAGCAGCGUCCUGGCAUGGCACGCCGCCCAUCCAGCGACGGACGACAAUCUAUUUCCACCGACCGUACCAGUGUCCGCGGCGGUGGGCAGCAGUUCAAACACAACCCCAAAGCCGCCAGCCUGAUCAUCUCUCCGCAGCGCGCCUCGCCGGAAGAGUCUCGCUGGCUGGACUAUAUUGCAUCCACGAUCGGUUCCUCCCGCAGCUCGUCCCGCGCCGCAGACAUGUCUCCCUCGCCGGCGUCGUCGUAUUCCGAGGCUGCAGCCGCCGAGCUGGGCAACUAUUGGCCCGUGUUCGUGAAGUACUUUAGUGGAACAGAGCCGCUCGAGAGGAUUCCCGUGCGGGAGGGACUGAAGAGGAAGUUUGUCUGGGAUAUGCUGGAGAAAGUCGGCUUGGACGUCGAGGGCGGCGUCGAGGACGAGAAGGGCGAGAACAAGCGAGUGCUGGUGACAAUGAGGCACUGGUAG